AUUGUAAACAUCAAGUUCUCAAUGAAAGCCCUUUACUGUUAUAGUUUAAGCAGACGUAUAGAUCUUUACUGAAAGGCAUGCAGAGUUUGACUUUAAUUGAAUAUUAAGUUAAAAAAUAACGAGUAUAGACAUAUUCUAACUGAACUUUAUUAAUUUUUUUUUUAAAUUCUAGCUUAAUUAUUAUUAUUUUUUAAUUUUUAAAUAUAAUUUUCAUUCUUAAUUGAUUUUUGAAUUCUUUGUAACAAAUUCAUCAAAGUAGGUGUCUAAGACUAAGAUAUCAUUCAUUAAUGUCAAACUUUGUUAGUGUUAGUUUUACUUUAUUUUGACUGUGCAUCUAGCAGCCACUGCAAGAUCUUUGAAUUAGUAUUAGGUCUAACUUUUUUUUUAAUGAAUGAAUGAUUAUGAUACACUGAGUGACAACACUGGCGGCGUAGACUACCAGUAUAGCAUUUAUUUAAAUAUGCUUUUCAAAAGUUUUUAUCAAUCGUCCAAGCCAAACUCCCUCAUUGUCAUCUUUCAAUCUUUGGGAUCCUUGAAGUUAUAUAUAUAUAUAUUUCUUAAAAGCCUGGUCACUAAUCUAGUCCUAGUCACUGUUUGGUAACGGGCCAGGCUGAGUGGCGCUGUUUUUUUUGUAGAAGAAGCCUCACUAGGGUCAGGCUAGAAGCUAAAUAUCUUGGCCUUAGCCUUUCUCUAGUCUUUAGCUCUAAGAAUAGAAAGACUAGGAAUGAAAAGUCCUACCUAAGACAUCAAGUAAUCAUGGAAUUAAAAAUGUUUUAGUUAUCCAAAAUAGAUUUGUAAAAAAUAAUGUAGGCUCCUCAACUCAAGUCCUCAAGUUAUGACCUGACGUCAAAAGAAAAGCAUAAGGCAAGGGAUUAUUUAACCAAGACUAAGUGACACAAAUGCUCACACCCCCACGCCCCCCACUCCCCUACAAAAAAAGAAAAAGGUGCCAUGAGUUUAGCUCAUACAAUUAUUGGCUAUGCAAUUUAAAAUUAUUUAUUAUAAAAACCAUUUGAAAAUUUCUUAAUGUAAAUCACAUGCUAUAUUUAAAACGACAGAGUAAAAAGAAAACAAUCAGUGAGACUGAGAGAUACCUAUAGAUUUGGUUUAUAAUAAUAAUAUUAAUGGGUCUAUUCUUAGUAACUAAAUUGUGUAACUUACUUAUGCUAUUUAACACGACAUGGGCAUACGAAUCCUACAAGUGUUUUCCAUUUAUCUCUGUCCUGUGCUUUCCUUUCUAGUUGGUUCCAGGUGUACCCCAUCCUUUGUGUGUUUGCAUCUAGCUCUUCAUGACAUAAGCAAAAUGCAUAUCUUUUAUUUGCUAUCAAAUAUUAUAAUAUAUUAUUUGAACGAGAAAAAUCACCAAUCUUUAAGUUUGAUGUCAACUUAAAAUCUGAAUUGUUUUGAGCACUAAUCAAAAUUAUGUCAUGAUAUUUUUCAGGCAUGACACUGACAUAGUAUAGUCGAACUGGCUAUUUUUCCUCGAGACAUGAAGGCCACAUGGACAUCUGCACAAUAUUUAGCAUCAAAUGACAAAUCUAAAUCUUUUAUAAGUACGAAGCCCACUUUUACUGAAAACACAUACUAUUAUUCUUGUUCACAUGUAGAUUAUAAUCUACCAUUUUUUUUAUUUGUAAUGUUACAAAACUUGCACUGGAAGUCAGAGACUUAAAAAGGGCUUAAAUUUUACUAGCAACCUGAUUAGGCUCAAAAGGGAAAAGUUAUUACUUUUCUUAUCUUAUUAUCUGGUAUUCAUACAUUAAACGAGGGUUGCAAGGUCUGCUUUAGCUUAGCAUUGGCUCCAUUACUGCCAUUUAUCAUUGUUCUAUAGAGAGCGUACAGGUCUUAAUAUAUAUAUAUGUAUAUACAGGGGUAAUAAUAUUAUAUUUAUAUAUAUGGUUAUUAAGAUAUCUCCCAUACUUCUAGUGUUAGAAAGCAAACAUUUUCUUGAACUGAUAAUAAAAAAAUGUGUUUUAUGAAAUGUUUUUAUAGUACAUAAUCCACACUUUUUUUUCCCCAUGUCUAGGUUAAAUUCAAAAGUUAAGAAGUGAGGAGCAGCUAGUCUGAACAAACUGCUGAUCAGAAUGUAAAACAUAAGUUUUACAUGAUAUUCAUUAUACUAUGAUAAACAUUUUAUUUUUAGCAUUAUCAAAGCAUCAUGAUCAAUGAAAAAGAUGCUGAUUGCAGUGAACCCAACAAAGAGCGAAAAUUUUCAGCUCGCUUGGCAAAGAAGAGGAAAAAUAAAUUACAGCAUUCGGUGACAAAUGAUUUAAAUUCAAACCAGGCCACUAUCUUGAAACCUGAGAUUAAUGAUAAAAAAGAGGACCAUGAAAAAGUUAAUGAUUCCAAAUUUUUUCUUGAUUGCCUUGAGCUCAAGCCUGUCAAUGAUGAGGCAAUAACUAGUUGUGAACAAACUGACAGUCAAGACUCUGAAGAACCUAUAAAAUGCUCUGUUCCCAAAAAGGUUAAAGAUCAAAGCAAAAGCUCUGACUCCUACCAAACAAAACCCAUAAAAGUGCGUAAAAAGUUAAAAAGUAUUUCCAAGCUCAGCAAGAAACCCAGAAGUUCAAAAAAAAAAAAAAUUUCAGAAAGUGAAAUUGAGGAUGUUAGUGACGUCAAAAUUGAAGAUAAUAAAUUUCCAGAAACUGCUGUUGAAUCAGGUGAAGCCCCUUGUGUUGUCAGUGAAAAUGUUAAUGGUGAAAAAUGCUCAAAGCCUGAACCUUGUCAUAAUUCCGAAGCUAAGGAAAACAUAAGUGUUCCAUCUGCCAUAGAAAGAAUAAAAAGCCGCAAACAAACAGGAACUGAAAUAAAAUCAGAUGAGACAAGCCAACAAAUAUAUAUUUUUCGUGAUCUUAACAAAAAGGUUUCAGUUGACGGUAGAGUUGCAUCACAAGAUGACCAAGGAACAAAUGACUUAUUUGCAGCUGUGGAUUUAAACAGACAUGGUAAGAAGAGACGAUACGAUAAGUUGAUGAAAAAACUGGAGGACGGCGAAAAGACAAUUGAGUCCAAUAUGAAGGAAGUUAAGCUCCUUGAAGAUGAUGAAAUAGAAAAGGAGGAUAUUGACCAUUGUGUUGAAAAACUUAAAGAAAAGCUGAGAGUAAGGGAGAAAAAGAAGUACGAGUAUCUGAUCAACUACAUGCGAGAUCAGUGGAAAGUAGAGAAGAGCUUCCAGGAUCUUUUA